AUUAAUCCGUACAGGAGCUUCUCGGGAAUGAGUGACAACAUCAAAUACGACGGAAUUGGUAGACAAUAUUUAUUUUGAGCACGCUUUUUUUUACUGCCGUCUAACCGCCUUUUCGCUUAUUUUUUUGGUUGUCCGUUCCAUCAGUCUCAAUUCGACUCGUUGAUCGUGCUGCUUGUGACCGAUCAUUCGCCUACCAGCUCGCCCCUCUGACGCCGCCAUCCGAUCAGCAGCAAGCAAGAUGAGUGGCCGCGCAGAAGCAGAGGCACAAGUUGCGCUUGAAGACUUCCCUAACAUCUUCUCGCUCAAAGGCAAGGUCGCCGUCAUCUCUGGCGGCUCCCGCGGGCUCGGCCUCCACUCGGCGUCCGGCCUGAUGCAGUUCGGCGUCGCCAAAGUGUUCAUCACGUCCCGCAAGGCCAAGGCGUGUGAAGAGGCGUGCGCGGCCCUGAAUGCUCUGCCCAACAAGGCGCCGGGCGCCAUAGCCAUCCCCAUCCCCGCAGACUCGAGCAAGGUGUCCGAGAUCGAGCGACUGGUUGCGGAGGUCAAGAAGCAUACCGACCAUGUGGACAUUCUGUUCGCAAAUGCGGGCGCCACUUGGGGAAGCUUGUUCGACGAGCAUCCGCCAGAAGGAUUCAGCAAGGUUAUGGACUUGAAUGUCAAGAGCGUGUUCUUCACCAUCCAAAAGUUCGCUCCUCUCCUGCAAGCCCGCGCGACAAAGGAAGACCCGUCUCGGGUGAUCGUGACCGGCUCCGUCGCCGGCAUUGGACUCGGACCGGUCCUGACCGCAAACGCAGCGCCCGCUUACAGCGCCUCCAAAGCUGCCGUCCUUCACCUCGCCAGAAACCUGGCCGUCGAACUCGGUCCCAGGCAUAUUCUCGUCAACGGCCUGGCGCCAGGAUUCUUCCCCUCGAAAAUGGCGGACGGCAUCAUCGGCGCUGGCGGAGGCGUCGAAAAGCUGGCGAAGCAGAGCCCGAACGGCAGGCUGGGCAAGCCUGAGGACAUUGCUGCCGCAGUCGUGUAUCUUUGCAGCAGAGGCGCUGGCCACGUCAAUGGCGACACGAUUGUUUUAGAUGGUGGUAAAAUGCUUGCCGGCGCACAAUUGUAAUCAAGCUUUAUAGAAUGUCCAGCGUGAUACACUAUGUUGUUGUAACGGCUUGGUGCCUUCCUCUGAAUGGCCAAAGAGAAUUUCAAAAAAUGUGAUGUUCCCUUUUUAUUAAUAAAAAACCAUCAAGUCUAUUACCUUCCAAUAUACAUAGCUUCUCGAUAAUAAAAAAAAAAUGGG